UUGGAACAUUCGUAAUUUUUCUUAUAUUUAUCUUCUUUGCUCUCCUUUUCUUAAGCAGGAGAAAUACAGACUUAAUUCUGAACAUUGGUCCUUCUGUGAUUCUGAGAGAUAAGCAAACCAUCCCAGAGAGAAUACUCAAAGGAAUUUUUGGAUUUUACUCUUAUUCACCUAUGGAAUCAUAUGUGUUGGAUUGUUUAUUCUGUUUGCUCCCAUCCUUCUUACUUUUUCUUUUUUAUGUGGGUCUGCACUGUCCUAGACUGUGUGGCUGGGCAAGGGUGGCCGUCAGGGCGUCAAGCUGGAGACUCUGGGUCAUUAUCUGUCUAAUCCUGCAGCUGCCUUUGCACAAGGAAAAAAGAACAAAGGCUGAGGACCUGAAAUCACUUGAGACAGAUAUGGUGUCAGGUCAGGUCUCAGAUGGACCCAAGCUUAUCUGUAAACCCACUGCAUUGGCCAGAUAUCUCCUGCAGCACUGUGGCUCUCUCACAAAGGCAAAACUGGCUGCUUGGCCUCGGGGAGACCCUCACCUCCAGACUUUCUCCAGCCAAAUAUUUGGAGAACAUAGACAGAAGGUACAGUUCACCAGAGACCACCUAUUACUAAAAGACGGGGGAAUUGUAGCACUGGAUUGGGCUAUAGGGACGAGACUUAUCGAGCUGACAGCGAAGAGGAGGUGGGAGGUGAAAAAAGAGCAUCAAUCAGUGAGGAAGACGCUCGGAUGCUUCACCUCAACACCCCCUGUUCUUCUCCUCAUCCCUCAGUUCUGGGGAGGGAUGACACCCCACUUACAGCUGCUCUGCAGUCAGGCCAUGCGGCAGGGUUUCUAUGUGGUGGUGUUUCAUCAUCGAGGCACAGCGGGUUCCCCCCUCACCACAACAAGACUCACUGAGUUUGGAGACCCAAGCGAUCUGGAACAGGCAGUGACUUACGUCCACAGUCGGCACCCGUCCUCUGUGCUGGUUGCAGUGAGCGAGGGAUCAGGCUCUGGGGUUCUGCUGUCCUACUUAGGUGAGCGAGGUUCAAGCACCUGCAUAACAGCUGCUGCAGCCAUCUCACCUGUGCUGCUGGGCCAACUGUGGUUUGAAAGCGCUAUGCCGCCUAUCUACCACUGGGGGGUGUUGUUUCACAGAAAAAUGCAGCUCAGCAGAUAUGCAAGUUCCUUUCAAGGAUCACUGGAUGUGGAUCGUGCCCUCAGGUCCUCCAGUCUCAGAGACUUUGAAGAAGCUCUUUUCUGCUCUCCGACUAAGAAAGCUUUUCCAUCAAAUGAGAGAUCUUUGAACCCUUCAUAUUCCUCCCUGAGGGGAUUUUCACCAACAGCGGCCUGGGCUCUAGGUGAACGAGCUAACCCAGCCCAAGACUGGGAGAACUACUGGGGGAGGAAUGAACCUCUGAGGGAUGCAGAUGAGAUGUCAGUCCCAGUGCUCUGUAUCUGCAGCUCUGAUGACCCUCUCCUUCCACCAACCUCCAUGCUUCCCCUUUCUCUUUUCCAGAGCAAUCCUUACUUUUUGUUGGCAUUAACAGAUAAAGGAGGGCACUGUGGGUUCACCCUGGAGGCCAGCAAGGACAUAAAUGAUGGAAAACCAAGAAAUGAAGAAGAGGAGGAAGGUGUUUGGAGUCAUACUGCAAUUUUGGAGUACCUCAAAGUGGUCUCUGAUUUCCUGAAAGAGGCAGAGGGGGACUGGAAAAGCUGGGGAGGCCAACUAGAAACAAACAGUCUUAAAGGUCAGAAGGGCAGGAUGAACGUUACGGCCCUGCCUCGUCGUCGCAGAGGCGCCAUGAUGAAAAGGUCAAGAACCCAGCCAGCUGAACAGAGCGCGCUGGAUGAUGCUGAUGGAGACCUGUUUACCUGGAAGAGGUCUUAUACUCGUUAAAACAAACACUUUCAGAGACAUUAGAUCAGUCUUGUGUAAAAUACUGCAUUCUUUUGUUGUUACAGUGAUUUUAAACAAAAAGCUUUAAGGGCAGCAUUCCAAGGCAAGGCAAUAAAAAUCACACCAAUUCCGUUCAAUUUUGACCAGAUUAGUUGGUGAAAUCUGUGUGAAAAAGAAUGUGAAGUUAUUAAAAAACAGCACAGCCUGCACAGGUCAGUCCAGGGGUAUGUUUACCUUUGUGUCUCACAACCUCUGGUUUUCAAAUUUGACAUUUUGAAACUGAAGUGAAGAAAUGCUUAUCAGGUUUGGAGGCUUGAUUGUUCAAUACUGGUAGGUCUAGACUGCAGGGAGGCCAAAAUAGCAUACUUACCGUGCUUUUUGAAUAUAUCUGAAGGGCUUAGUCUACAAAUAUGUUUUUAAUCUAGAUAUGCCUUUAUUCUAUCCAUCCAUCCUUAGUUUGGCUGUUAAGAUACAAUCAAAGACCAUUUUCAAAAAAUUUAAAAAGGUACAUAACUAAAGAAAUAUCAUAUCUGAACAUCUGACAGUGAGUCCUGUGUAUACUUGCUAGUCUGUUGCAAACUUAAAGACAUGGUGGUGACAGUAUCAUGCUAAGGGAAGUUUUUUUUUUUUUUUUUCAGCAGCAGAAUAGGGAAAGAUGGACAGUGCUAAAUAUAUAUUCCUGAGCAAGAUCCGUGAGUCAAAUGAGGUCAAACUACCAGUAAGGCAAAGACCCAGGAUAUACAACUAAAGCAACACUUAAUUAGUUAAAAGGAAUCCAAUAAAAUCUGUUGAAAUGGCUCAAUCAAGGCUACACCUUAAACCUAUUGAGAAUAUCUGCUUAUAGCCAAGGGUUAUUGUUCACAAAUAAAAAACUCCAACUUAAUGGAUCUAAAGCACUUUGCCUUCAGGAAGGCAACUCUUCUGACGAGAUGCGGCAACCUCAGAGACUUACCUAAAGAAGUUGUAGCUGAUUACAGCAAAACAUCCUUAUUAGGAGGGUGAACAGUUAUUCACAGUGAAGUUAUUUUGUUGUUCAUUUCUAAAAAAGUUUAGUGAAAUAGUCCAAACUCUCACUUUAAAUUUUAGGUUGUGGACAGGAGGGCUUGAAUAAUUCUGAGGGGUGUGAACACUUUUACAGGCUGCGGGAAGGUUGGAUAGUGUUCAUAAAACCUAAUAUUUUAGUUGAGGUUUUUGUAAGGAAGUGAAUUCCAUUAAUGCCGACCCCUCACACACAAACACAAUACAACUGAGAAAUAUUAAAAUUACUUUAUUACAGGUGAUUCUUUAUCCAGUAGCCCUCUUCCAACAAAAGAUAGUAAUUACAAACAAAAUAUUACAUUUAUCCCCUAAACUUUGCAUCUGAAUUACUUUUAUACAUUUUAAAUCACUUAUUUUUCCUCUGAAGGAAUAUCUAUUCUCUUCUGCUAUGGAACAUUCAGCUGUUUUAUUUUUUAUUUGCACAAACUAUACACUUUAAUACAGUUUAAUACAGAUCUCAGGACCAGGAAAAAGAAAAAAGAAAACAGCAAGAUUCACCAAAUAUGACAAAAAGGAUUAAAGGAAUACUGAUAAACAGUCUGUACAGAUAAGUAACCUGGCCUUUCACCUACUUCAGCCGACAGCAGCCGCCCCCUUCAGCAGGAGGAAGGGGAGGGAGAGGGUGUCACAGUAGACUCAUAAAACUGGUCAGCUACUUGUGCAAUCAGUGCAACCGAUCCAGUUCAGAGCGACCAAUGUCUAAAGCUAGACUCUGCCCCCACUGCUUUGCAGAAAAAGAAGAAAAAUCUAGUAAAUACAUCUAAAACUCUGCAGCUUGUUUGGCCCUCUGCAGACAGCUUGUGGAAAAUAAAAACAUUGGGAGUAGAACACUAAAGAGAUGAAGAGCAGAGGAAUAAAGAAAUUUAACAACUACGAACACGGGUUAUGUUACUAAACAGAGAAACUAGCAUGUUUAAACAGAUGGGGGUGAAACUGUUGUUGCUUAUUUUUAGAGGUAAAUAAUUCAAAGGUAAAAAAAAAAAAUGCUUUCAAUAAGUUACCCAUGUGGGAUUGCCUGAGUAAAGUCAGCACUUCCCACAAGGCUUAAAGUAACCUAUUCACAAAUUCUUUCAAAUAAAAUUCUCAGCCUUGUGCAACAAUUUGGACUUCAGGGUGAAGAGUGCAUCAAGUAUUGUGGCCUAAACACUUAAUUCUAAGGGUAUACUUUAGGCUUUAGUCUACCUCAUGUAACAUUGUCAGUGUAACACAGUCAAAACUAAAGGAGAAAAGGGUUGAAAUCAUGUGCAAAAAUACCCCUCAUACACUUUUGAACAAUGUUGUUACUUCCUCAAGGCAUUUUGACCUAAAGUUGUGUUUUCCAUCAAAAUAUAUGUAACAGCUGCAAAGAGAACAAAUAAAAACUCAGAAAAUGCUUGUUUUAGCUACAGCAACUUUAAAGCCACAGCGUUGUGCCCUCAUCGCAGGUUUCAUUUCGCUUUGAUUUGUCAUUUAGUUUUCUGGACUGUACAAUAUUAACAUAGCGACUGUACAUUCCAUCUGUGAAAACCAUAAAGCAUUUCACAAUAAGACUUGGAUCUUCUCUAAAAUGUUCUCUUUAAUAGAUUUAGGAAACAACACAUAUCCAGUUCAUUUUUUUUUUCUUUUAUUUUGGGGGGUCAUUUCCCUGCAGAUUAGCGAAGGGCCCCAAGGGACCUCUGGAGACACGGGAGGGAAGGAUGGAAGCGAAGGAUGCAGGGAGAUGGGCGGUCAGCUCGGAGGGUGAGACAGAGCGGGGUGUCACACUGGGGAGGGGCUUAGCAGGGGCACGGCAGCGGAAAUCCCAGCAUCACCACCCAUAGAUCCACUGAAACAUUCAGCAGUCACCAACCAAGCUGUUCAUUAGUUUUCAUCUUUGAGGCCUUUCUUUUUUUUUUUUUUUUUUAAAUCAACAUUUACAUCUCCUUUAACAACAGAUCUGUGUUACAUUUUUUUCCUGAAAAGUUUAACGUUUACAUUUUCUCUGUACAUGCAUCCAUCAGCCAAGUCUACGUUCUUCUACCAUGUGUGCAUGAGAAUAAAAUCGCAUCUGACCUUCAGA